AUGCUUGACAGCGUCUCACGCAGCUGUGAAAGCAACUCGGUCGAGAUGCAGCAGAGCCCCUCAAUCUCCGCAAAUUAUUGCCUGUCAGAGCGCAACAAAUCGGAUGAUCCGGCAGAGACAUCCGCAGUGGAACCACUCGAACCCGAUCCACUUUUACGAUUCCUUGCGAAGCCGGACCAACGUGCUCUUCAAAACUACGCUGCACGCCUCGAGGGUGUCGUGUGCAAGGGCAAGAUCGAGCUGGUGCCCGACAGAAAUGGAGACGAACGCCCUGGUGGUGAUCAGAGCGGGCGGGCGAGCAUCUCUAUUUGGAUCCAUUCGUGCUGCGCUUCAGCUAUACAACUCGGUAUUUGCCGCCAAUUUUCUCGGAGUGAAGAUGGAAAACGUCGUUACUUUUCAUAA